CGCGCGCUCCGCCCUGGCCAGGGCUCACUGCAGAGCUCCGCACCUCGCCCUGCGCCUGGCACCCCAGGCUCAUCUUCUGCAGGGUGGCGAGGCACAAAGUUUUAUGCUGGCCAGUUUGCAGGGGUCAUGCGGAGAUGCCGUGGCUUGCCUCCAGGGCAGCUCCAAAGGAGUCGGGACGGGGCUGGAUGGGCCCGCUCCCUGCCUUUGUUGCAAGGGGGAGGAGCCCUGAGCGCUGAGCCCAGGGAAGCUGUCAGGACGCUUCCUUAUUCACGGUUAUGUUUGCAGACUGACUCUUGGGCCCGGGAGGUGGUAGGGCCGCGUGGCCCCUCCUCCCAGAGUAGCAUUAACUCCCUCCCUUAACUGGUAAAAUUCCCAGUAGGACAUUUGGCAAAAGGGCUGGGCAGGGAGCUGCCAACCGGGCCUGGCCCUGUUUCCUGGGUUCCCAGGGUGUUGGCUUCUCCCCACCCCUGCCUUCCUCUCUCACCUUAGGGCCCCAAAUGAACGCACCAUCCGUCCUGUCCCGUCUUCCCCAGACGGGUUGGGACUCGCACAGCGAUCUAACAAGCAGAGGAGGAAAAUAACAACAGAAUAACUGUAAGAAGGAAGGAAUGAGUAAUAAAGCUGACCCAGGCAGGGAGGAGGGCUUUCAUGUUUAAGAGAUGCUAUUUGCUUUUUAGGUCACAGGCUGCAAAAACAGGCUUUGAUCCGAAGUGGGCGAAUAAUUUAUUGAGAAAGUUUGCAUGGUAGGAGAAAAAAGGGAUGUUUGUUUGAUCUGGAGUCCCAAGUGCUGUUGGCUGUUGUUUUGAGUGGAAAAGCGUUUGGUUCUGCAGCAAAUGCCUCUCAGAGGGAAGUCCCCGCCCCAGGCCGCGGGACUCACAGUGAAUGUUGGUUUUGAAACUGUUUGGCCAAGGGUCUUCCCAGCACUUUUGGAGAUGAAGUGUUUAAGGGUAGAGUUAUUUGGGCUCAGGAUGCAGCAAACGUUUCCAGAAUGUUUUCCCAUCCAAAAUGCUUUUCCUUCCCCUAAAUUGCCUGGCCAAACAGCCAGUGCCGGCCAUCCAAGAGGCUGUCAGAAAUCUCCACUUAGCUCUCCUUGACAGGUGAGCUGGCACCGCUGGCCCCGGGCCAGACACACCACAGUCUUGCGGCUAGGCCUUGGACACUGACUCUCACAUCCUUCGGUUGGGGGCAGGGUGCUCCUGUCCACACGGAGGUGGCUGUCUUCUGCUCGUGACCUGGGGAGCGGCUUCCAGUCCAAAGUCUUCCCAGCACGAGCACAGCUCUCUGGGAGCUCGCAGUUCUCUCCUUAGGUUCUCUGACGGGGAGGGCAGCACCUGCCCCAUGGCGGGUGUGCAGAGUGAGCGAUAUGUUGCCUAAGAAAGACGUAAGCCCAAAGCCGGGCACGUGGCUAGGCCAGAGAGCCAGCUCCCUUCUCUGAAGAAGGGGUCAGAGGAUCCUGCCGGGGCCAGCGGGCAGCCAGAUGUGGGAGCCAGCGGCCUGAGCUCUGCCCUCUCUGAGGCGAAGAGUAGGAUGGAAGAGAAGAGACGGAAAUACUCCAUCAGCAGCGACAACUCGGACACCACUGACAGUCACGCUACGUCGACGUCGGCGUCAAGAUGCUCCAAACUGCCCAGCAGCACCAAGGCGGGCUGGCCCCGGCAGAACGAAAAGAAGCCCUCGGAGGUUUUCCGGACAGACUUGAUCACUGCCAUGAAGAUCCCAGACUCGUGCCAGCUCAGCCCCGAUGACUACUACAUCCUGGCCGACCCGUGGCGGCAGGAGUGGGAGAAAGGCGUGCAGGUGCCCGCCGGGGCGGAGGCCAUUCCGGAGCCCGUGGUGAGGAUCCUCCCACCGCUGGAAGGCCCCUCUACCCCCGUGUCCCCGAGUGGCUCUGUGCCGGGCGAGGGCUCCCAGCCCGAGUGGCCAGGGGGCAGCCGCUAUGACCUGGACGAGAUUGACGCCUACUGGCUGGAGCUCAUCAACUCGGAGCUCAAGGAGAUGGAGAGGCCGGAGCUGGACGAGCUGACGCUGGAGCGCGUGCUGGAGGAGCUGGAGACGCUGUGCCACCAGAACAUGGCGCGGGCCAUCGAGACGCAGGAGGGGCUGGGCAUCGAGUACGACGAGGACGUGGUCUGCGACGUGUGCCGCUCCCCCGAGGGCGAGGACGGCAACGAGAUGGUCUUCUGUGACAAGUGCAACGUCUGCGUGCACCAGGCCUGCUACGGGAUCCUCAAGGUGCCCAUGGGCAGCUGGCUGUGCCGGACGUGCGCCCUGGGUGUCCAGCCGAAGUGCCUGCUCUGCCCCAAGCGAGGAGGAGCCUUGAAGCCCACCAGGAGCGGGACCAAGUGGGUGCACGUCAGCUGCGCCCUGUGGAUCCCGGAGGUCAGCAUCGGCUGCCCAGAGAAGAUGGAGCCCAUCACCAAGAUCUCGCACAUCCCAGCCAGCCGCUGGGCUCUGUCCUGCAGCCUCUGCAAGGAGUGCACGGGCACCUGCAUCCAGUGCUCCAUGCCUUCCUGCGUCACAGCGUUCCACGUCACCUGCGCCUUCGACCACGGCCUGGAAAUGCGGACUAUAUUAGCCGACAACGACGAGGUCAAGUUCAAGUCCUUCUGCCAGGAGCACAGUGACGGGGGCCCGAGGGUGGAGCCCGGGUCGGAGCCUGCGGAGCCCGGCCAGGCCGGCGAGGACCUGGAGAAGGUGACCCUGCGCAAGCAGCGGCUGCAGCAGCUGGAGGAGGACUUCUACGAGCUGGUGGAGCCGGCCGAGGUGGCCGAGCGGCUGGACCUGGCCGAGGCGCUGGUGGACUUCGUCUACCAGUACUGGAAGCUGAAGAGGAAAGCCAACGCCAACCAGCCGCUGCUGACUCCCAAGACCGACGAGGUGGACAACCUGGCCCAGCAGGAGCAGGACGUGCUCUACCGCCGCCUGCGGCUCUUCACGCACCUGCGGCAGGACCUGGAAAGGGUUAGAAACCUGUGCUACAUGGUGACGCGGCGCGAGAGGACGAAGCACGCCCUCUGCAAGCUGCAGGAGCAGAUCUUCCACCUGCAGAUGAAGCUCAUCGAGCAGGACCUAUGUCGAGAGCGGUCUGGGAGGAGGUCCAAGGGCAAGAAGAGUGACUCGAAGAGGAAAGGCCGCGAGGGCCCCAAGGACAGCCCCGAGAAGAAGGAGAGAGUGAAGCCGGGGCCCGACUCCGUGCUGGGGCAGCUGGGCCUGUCCACCCCCUUCCCCAUCGACGGGACCUUCUUCAACAGCUGGCUGGCGCAGUCGGUGCAGAUCACGGCGGAGAACAUGGCCAUGAGCGAGUGGCCGCUCAACAACGGCCACCGCGAGGACCCGGCGCCGGGGCUGCUGUCGGAGGAGCUGCUGCAGGACGAGGAGACGCUGCUCAGCUUCAUGCGGGACCCCUCGCUGCGGCCCGGCGACCCCGCCAGGAAGGCCCGCGGCCGGGCCCGCCCGCCCCCCAAGAAGAAGCCGCCGCCGCCCCCAGCCCAGCAGGACGGGCCGGCUUCCCGGAUGGCCCUGGACAGACCUGCUGCGGACAAGCCCCCCAAGAAGCCGGGGGGCCAGGACGCAGGCGGCGGCCGGGGCGGCCAAGGGCCCCCCACCCGGAAGCCACCACCACGGCGGACGUCCUCUCACUUGCCGUCCAGCCCCGCCUCGGGGGAUUGCCCCGUGCUAGCAGCCCCCGAAAGCCCCCCGCUGCUGGCCCCCGAGACCCCUGGCGAGGCGGCCCCGGCGGCUGCUGACUCAGUCGUCCAAGUGCCUGGCCCCACAGCGAGCCCCAAGCCCCUGGGCCGGCUCCGGCCACCUCGAGAGAGCAAGGUCACCCGGAGAUCGCCGGGGGCCAGGCCCGACGCUGGGACUGGACUGCCGCCUUCUGCCGCGGCCGAGAGGCCAAAGGUCAGCUUGCAUUUUGACGCCGAGACUGACGGCUACUUCUCUGACGGGGAGACGAGCGACUCGGAUGUGGAGGCUGAGGACAGUGGGGUGCAGCGAGGCCCCCGGGAGGCAGGGGCUGAGGAGGUGGUCCGCAUGGGGGUCCUGGCCUCCUAACUCACCCCGUCCUUGCCCCGGGCCCUGCCCUGGGCCCUCCCCCCCACAAAAGGCCUCAGCCCAGUCACAACUGCCAUUUCCAAUCUCUGCUGAGUGUUCCAGACCCUCCAGGCUGCCACUCUGUUGUGGUUUUAUUUUUAACAUAGAGAGAGAUUUGGAUUCUACACUGUCGUCUUUCCUCCGUGCUGGCCUAGGACAUCGUGAUCCUUCCACGGCUCUGGCCGCUGGCACCAGGCCGGGUCCCGAGCACCAUCCCUGCCGCUGCCCGCGUGGCGCCGCUGGGCUCCUGGCUGAUGCAGGCAAGGGGAUGAAGGGCUCAGGACUCCAGCCCGCUGCCACCGGGUGACACGGACUGUCGUUUGGGCAUUAUUUCCUGGCAGAUGGGCCAGACCAGGGCCCACCCCGCCUUGCCCCCAAAUCCCACUGGGGCCCACUCGGGGGGUCCUGCUGCACUCCACUGACCCCCGAGGAAGUGUGAUAAGCGAUCCCCGGCCAGAGUCCACUCACUGUCACAAGCACAACGAGCUUCUGCGAGAAAGCACCGAGGGGCACGGGGCCCGCUGGUUCCGGAGGGACCGGAGCUGUUCCUGAUCGACACCCAUCUCCUGAGGCCGCCCGCCCGCCACCCUCCCUCCUCGCUGCUCUGCCCCUGCCAGCGCCCAGCCCAGCCCAGCGGCUCUGGGGAGGGCUUCCCGGAAUCCUUCCUGAGCUGUGCCGUUUACUCAGGGGACUCCCGAACAGCCGGCUGCCACCGCGGGUGAGGCUGCCAGGGAGGCCAGUGCCCAGAUGGGGUGGUGGGGCGAAGACCAGCCCACCGCAGAGAAUCACUCUGGGGCUCCAACUUCCUUCCUUCCUUCGGGGCCAGUGUCUGGGGCCACGCCCAGACAGAGCUGAUGAGACCAGACCGUUUGCCUUUUCAAGUUUCCCAGUCCUGCUAAGAGAUGAGCUUCUUCCGUGGUUUCCUUCUGGAAACGCCUCCUUCCAACAAGCAGUGGGAUCCCGGGGCCGGGGCGGGCCGCAUCGGCCUGCCGGGACUGCUGUGAGUCUUGCUGGACCUUCCCGUGUCCCUCUGUUCCUCUGAGCCUUAACCCCUUCCCCGCCACGGCCCUGCCUUCCCCGCCCCACCCUCAGCCCCAGGUCGUAGUCUGAAGAGUUUCAGUGGGGUGGCCCCAGGGUGAUAGCUCAGGGAACAUACAAAAGGAAUUCAGUGAAACAUUUUUUUUUUUUCUUUUACAAAUUACUCCUGGGUCACUUCCACCACUGGUAAAGCCAGAACUUCUCCAACAAGAACCUUGCAAAAGCCCAGUGAACCAGUCGAAUCAUUCUGUGGAUGCCAAAGAAUAUUUUGACCAUUAUACAGCACAGCCUGGACCUGACAACCUGUCACUUGGACUUUUUUAAAAAGUGGAGUUCUUUAGCAACAAAGUGUGGAAACGAUGUCCAUUGCACACGCUUGAGGAGGAGAGCCCGGGCUCUUGGAAGAGGAUGCUUUUUCUGCUGCUGAACCGUACCUGCGUGUCGGAUUCGGAUCCUGGGCCAGGCCCGCUGUGAGCUUCCCCGCACUCCGGGAGUCACAGAGGGGGAUCCCAACCGUGAAACCAGCAUGGAAAAGUCUUUACCACGUGGUCCCAGUCCCACCCCCCCAACACACAAAGCAAAUAAGCGGGAUGGGGGACGGCUCGACCUUCACCCGCCCCAACUCCCAAACUAUCAAGGUACGGCAGUGGCAUUGUCAUCAACAAUGUGAAUUGUCGAUUUCAUGUGAAUUUCAGCAAAACAGGAAACAACAAUGAUGACUGAGUUCAGAGGACCAGACGGAUCUGUCUAGUCCGAGGGGACUCGAGGGCGCGGGGUGGGCUGCGAGGAUUCUGGGCUUCGGGAUGGCACGAGCCACCACGUAGAGUUGGUCCGCCCGCCCGCCUCGGUAGCAGUGACCAGCGUCUGUGUCAGCGUCCCAGCCAGCCCCAGCCUCUGUUUACUGCCUUUGAACAGACCUUCCUUCUCCGAGCUUUGGGUCAGCUCGGGCCGCAGCCCUGUCUGGGCUGGAUCGCCCGGCCUGACCCCGCAGGAAGCAGAGGGGUGAGCUUGAAGAACAACCAAACCCUGCCAGGGGCCAGGCUGCCAGGAAAGCUCAGGGUCAAGCAGUGUCAGCACUUGCCCCUCCCCCCUCCUCGCCAUCCCGGGCAGGUGGAGAAUUCAGGAGAGGACGCCGAGAGUCUGGCCUCUUUCCAGGAGGCAGCCCAGCUCUGCAGCCAGGGCCGGGCCUGGCCUGGGCAGGUGGAUGGGGCAGCUGUCAUCCUCAGAGAGUCCCUGUUCUAGUUUGCGCCUAGACUCCGGGCCCUCUUCUCCACUGGCUGCUGCUUUGGACCGGACUUCGCCUGGGGCCUGUGUCCUGCAGCGCCAGGAUCCGUGAGGCCGGCUGGCUGGAGGCACCUUCCCUCCUAGGCCAGGCCCCGGAGCAGUCUCUGCCGGGCAGCUGUCUCCACCUCCAGGCUGUCCGCCAUGCUGCACGGAGGACAAGGAUGGCCUCCCGGCCCCAGCCCGCCCCCCGCCAGCCACGGCCUCGGGUCACUCUUUCCCAGCCUGCCGUCCACUGUGGCGAGGGCCCUGCUGCCCCCGAGACCGAGGCCGGGUCCUUUUCCAGGCCAGAGGCCAAGGCUGGCCUUUCUCUCUGCCGCGGCUGCGCACACUCAGCUCCUCCACCCUGGAGGGAGGGCUGCUCUGCCACCCGUCUGGCUGUCAUCCCCCACGCGUGCCCCUCAUCCCAUGACCAAGGAAAAUGUGCGAGGAGAGUAUUUUUAUGCAUCAUAAAUGUAUUUUGGAACAAAUGAGGAGAAGAAAGGCAAAGGGUUUAUUUUGUUAGAGGGGCUCUGCCUUGGCGACCGUAUGUGGGCAUUUGCAGUGCAAGGGCCUCCUCUGCCCAGGUUUCCAGACGCGGCUGUGGGACUGUUGGGGGCGCCAGGCCCCGGCACGUGUGUGCGUGUGAGCGCGUGUCCGUGUGUGGUGAGGGGCGCGUGUGGGGCUCGGCUGGGGCGAUUCCCAGACGUUGGCAGCAGCUGCACUCGGCACUUCCUUGCUCACUGCCAGAUGUGGCCGAGCGCCGCCCACGGCCGAAGCUCGGAAGAAUGAUCUGGAUCCCCGUGGCAAGGCCCUUGGGGAGGCCACUCUCCCGUGCCCCGGCCCAGCUGGCCACAUUGGCCGAGGAGCCGGGGCUGGAGCCUGGGACCCGCGGUGGUUCUUUCAGGCACUUGCUGCCACUGUCUCCCUCAGACGCACGGGUACUUUGUGCUCCGCAUGGUUCGGCGGGGUGGGGGGUGAUAUGAAUGUCACAGGAGGAGACACCCUUCUGUCUUUGUUUCAAAGAAAGUGAUGUGCCAUUUGUUAAUAUACAAGAGAAAUAUUGAAAAUAUAUUGAAAAGAGCAAUUUUAAAUUAUUUUUGGCUUAUGUUGCAAUAUUUAUUUUCUUGUAUUAGAAAAGAUUCCUUUGUAGAGAAAAAAUGUAUUUUUCAUUAACGCAGAGACCUAUUUCUCCUUUUUGUACAUCGUCCAUGUGUGCGACCCUUAACGAGCAAUAGAAUGUACGGCCGCCCCGUGCGGCCAGCGCCCGCCGCGCCCUGCAUGACUCUGUGUUGCCGCCGCCGCGUGGCUCCCAGCCCCAUCCUGUCCUGCUCACCCACCGGUGCUCCCGGCCCGCCCGCCAGGGCUGCGGUCUGGGGGCGCCCUUCGCACUCCUCGUGUGUUGGCAGACGCAGUAAUAAAGCAAUGUUUUCCGUGC